AUGAAUACCAUGCUGCAUAAGUAUGAUGAUUUUGGGGUGGUAUUCAUUGAUAACAUUCUCAUUUUCUCCAAGACCGAGGAAGAACAUGCACGUCAUUUAAGCUUGGUACUGGAGACGUUGCGAGAAAACAAGUUCUAUGCCAAGCUAAAGAAGUGUGAGUUUUGGCUUUCGGAAUUCGGCUUUUUGGGCCAUGUAAUAAAUCCGGAAGGUAUAACUGUUGAUCCUAGCAAGGUUUCUUCCAUCGUUGACUGGGAGCGGCCAUCAAAUGUAAAGGAGAAUGGGAAGGUUACUGCUUAUGCAUCGAGGCAGUUGAGGAAACACGAGCAAAAUUAUCCCACACAUGAUCUAGAGCUUGCAACAGUUGUCUUUGCACUCAAGAAUUGGAGACAUUAUCUGUAUAGGGCGACAUGUGAUAUAUUCACGGAUCAUAAGAGCCUCAAGUACAUCUUCACUCAGAAGGAUCUUAAUUUGAGGCAGAGAAGGUGGUUGGAGUUGAUUAAAGAUUAUGAUCUCAAUAUUCAGUAUACACCAGGGGCUGUUGAGUCAGAGUCACAAACCAUUAUUCAGUCAGCCAUACCCGAGCGGGUGUUGGAAGCACAGCAACAAGGUCGACUAUUGUUGCAAGUUAAGAAGCGCAUUCGAGAAGGAAAGAUUGGGGAUUUUACUUUGGAUGCCUUGGGAGCUGUUCGGUUUCAUGGCCGUCUUUGUGUGCCACAAAAAUCGCUGGUAAAAGAGGAUAUUUUAAGAGAGGCACACCAUACUCCCUAUACCGUACAUCCAGGCGAGAACAAGAUGUACCAGGAUUUGAAGAAAAGCUUUUGGUGGAAGAGGAUGAAGGUCGAUGUGGCUAAGUCUCCAAUUUGCUGGGAUGCUGUGGGCGAGAGGGCAGUGUUGGGACCAGAUUGGGUGCAACAAACUACAGAGAGGGUUGCUGAUAUAAGGCAACAUAUGUUGGCUGCGCAGAGUAGGCAAAAAAAUUAUGCUGAUCCCAAAAGACGAAACAUAGAAUUUCAAGUAGGUGAUGAGGUGCUCCUGAGAGUAUCUCCCACCAAGGGCAUUGUGAGAUUCAAUAUCAAAGGGAAGCUUAGCCCACAAUACAUUGGACCUUUCAAGAUAGUCGCACGAGUUGGGAAGUUAGCUUACCGUCUUGAGUUGCCCGAGUCGAUGAAAGGUGUGCAUAAUGUCUUCUAUGUCUCUAUGUUGCGGAAGUACUUCCGAGACCUAGAACGACAGAUGACCCUGGAUCCAAUUACCAUCGAGCAAGAUUUGACUUUUGAGGCUCGACCGGUGAGGAUUCUCGAGGAGGCUGAGAGAGUUAUGAGACAUCGGACAUUAAAGUUCGUCAAGAUUCUUUGGACGAAUCAAACGGAACGAGAAGCAACAUGGGAGCUUGAAUCAAAGAUGCGGGAGAAAUAUCCAGAGUUAUUCACAGCUGGUGAGUCCAUUAUGCAUUCUUUAAUUUCAGUCUAUUCCUUCUCCUAG